GCAACCUGCUGCUGUGACCAAAUCUCCCCCUGCCCUUUGCCUGCUCUUAUUAAUGUGUUGGAUACUCCCCUGCUGGGGGUGUGGCUAGCAGCUCUGUGUGUGACUAUGUAACACAAUGCAUAUCACACACAUACACAGUGCAUCCUGCCUCAUUCCCUGUGUACCCCGGGACUGUGCAUCAUUUAUAUCUGUGCUCUGUCUGUGACACUCUGAGCUGCGGUUUCUCGUCAUUGGGCUGCAGGGAACGAUACAGGGAUGCCUUUAAAGGUGAAAGUCCCUCUCAUUGUUACUGUUGUGUUUCUCUUAGUCAGUGUAUCUGUUAUCAUUGCAAUUGCGUAUGUCCAGAUUCACCAUGAGCAGGCCCUCUCUCCUGGCCUGAAGUAUGGGAUAGUGUUGGAUGCAGGAUCCUCAAGGACAACAGUAUAUGUGUACCAGUGGCCUGCUGAAAAAGAAAACAACACUGGGGUAGUGAGUCAGACCUUCAAGUGCAACGUAAAUGGCCUUGGGAUUUCCAGCUUCGCUGAUGAGCCUGAAAAAGCAGCAGACAACAUUGACAACUGCAUGAAGAAAGUAAUAGAUGUGAUUCCUCUUAAUCAGCAAAACAGCACCCCUGCUUAUCUGGGAGCCACUGCUGGAAUGAGGCUGCUCCGGUUGAAGAAUGAAAGUGCCGCUCAAGGAGUCCUUACUAGUAUUGAGAACUACUUCAAAACCCAGCCCUUUGACUUUAGAGGAGCUCACAUCAUUACUGGCCAGGAAGAAGGGGUGUACGGAUGGAUUACAGUCAACUAUUUAUUGGGAAAUUUCUUGGAGAAAAACAUUUGGAGCAUGUGGGUACAUCCUGAUGGAGCAGAGACCACUGGAGCUUUGGAUUUGGGUGGCGCCUCUACACAGAUAUCUUUUAUACCAGAGAAGUCAGAUCAGAACCCCAACAGCACAGUGGAAGUGACACUAUAUGGCUAUAAGUACAACGUCUACACUCACAGCUUUCAGUGCUAUGGGAGAGAUGAAUCAGAAAAACGCCUCUUGGCAUCAUUAGCUCAGGGUUCACCAGGGAAACUGUAUGUUGAUAACCCUUGCUACCCACACAAUUAUAAGGUGAAUUUAACAUCAAGUCACGUAUUUGGGAGUUUGUGCUCUGCAUCAUUCCGGCCAGCAAAUUACAAACCAGAUCAGCUCAUCCAUUUUCAGGGGACAGGAGAUCCAGGCCAGUGUAUGGACAAAGUGUCCUCUCUAUUUAAUUUGACAUCAUGCCAUGGAGAACAAGACUGUUCAUUUGAUGGAGUUUACCAGCCAAUGGUAAUAGGAACAUUUUCGGCGUUUUCUGGGUUUUAUUACACUGCCAGUGCUUUAAACCUGACAGGAAAUUUCCAGUUAAAUGAAUUCAAUUCAAGUAUGUCAUCUUUCUGCUCUCAUGAAUGGAGCAAGCUUCCCCAAAUCCUAUCUAAAUUUGAUGAAAAAUAUGCAAGAUCCUAUUGCUAUUCAGCUAAUUAUAUCUACUAUCUAUUAGUUCAUGGAUAUAAAUUUGGCAUUGAAUCUUGGCCACAAAUUCAGUUUCAGAAAGAGGUUGGAAAUAGCAGCAUUGCCUGGUCUCUGGGUUACAUGCUAAAUCUCACCAAUAUGAUUCCGGCAGAAAGCCCCCUGAUUCUUCUUCCCAUGAGACCCACCGUCUUUGCUGGACUUCUCUUCCUGUUUGCAGCAAUAUCUUUACUGUGCCUGAUAUUCCUGGUGGUUUUACUCAUCCGGCAUGCUAGGGAAAACAUCUUCUAUCUUUAAAGUCGGGAUCUAGAUAAGGAGCAAAGUAAAAAGCAACUACUGCUCACACAAGGACACUGUGACAGUCACUUAUUUGGGGGCGAUAGCCCUCUGCACAGUAUCAAGAAAAUGUACAGUGCUAAAUAAAGGUGUGCUCCGACAAAAACCCAUUAUGUGGAUGUACCUCAGGCACAGUGACUAUGGGCCAUGCCAUCUGUUAUGAAAAUGAAGUAAGGCAAGAGUUGACUACUGCAAAUGCAAACUUUAGUUUAUGAGUUUUUAUAUGAUGAACUGUUUAUAAAUAUGUUAAAUAAG